AUGCAUCAGCACACAAGAAGAUCCUCUCCAGCAGUAGCUAUCAGACCCAGUUCAACUACGGCAGUACGGCGGCCGCUGGCAGCUCGACCCCGAACCCGUCUGCACUGUUUUCACAGGUUGAAUGUUAACGUUCAGGUGUUGUUUGUUGGUAACCGUCUGGUGUUAGCCUCGACGGUCAUCUCAAACGAGACGCAUUGGGCAUACGGUGCGACGAUGGACCCAACGAAUCCGAGUGCAGCAGCGGCCGCAUCCGGAGCAGCAGGACUACCGACAUGUUCGACCAUAUCGUCCGCCAGUACGCAGAUUCAGCCGUUCGGGGCCUUCGGUGCCACCGCAUCCGGCCACGCUACCACCGGAAGUGGAUCCGGCGGCGUCGGGCCGGGCGGCGAGAACCCGGCCUGCUCCAGCCUGCUCAGCCCGACGCUGCUGUCGCCGGGGACCAACACCGGCACGGCAUCGAUUGCGACCUCCCGCGACGAGGAGGACGACUCGAGCAAUCAGGCUUCGUCCGGCAGCAAGGGUUCCGGCCAGCGGACGAAGUCGAACCAGCGAUGGAUGAAGCUGCGGACAACGGUACAAAUUUCCUCUGCCAUGCAGAAGAAACCUCCUCUGAAGCGAGAGGACUCCUUUUUGAAGCGCUUUUCGACCCGCCAGAUACCGGAGGCUCAGGAAACGGUCGAGGACACUGGUUCGGAGGGUGCGACCGACGCGGAGAAAACGGUCCGCCGGAGGCGGCGCUUCGCCAAGAUUCCCCGCACGGUCGUCAAUCCGGACGAGAACUUUUACUUCUACUGGCUGAUGCUCGUCACGAUCAGCAUCCUGUACAACCUCUGGACGCUGAUCGUGCGCCAGAGCUUCCCGGAACUGCAGAGCAACGCGAAUCGCUUCUGGAUCUCCUGUGAUUGCCUCACCGAUAUAGUAUUCAUCUUAGACGUGGCGGUACAGCUGCGGACGGGCUACCUGGAGCAGGGUCUAAUGGUGUACGACUCGAAGAAACUGGCGGGACACUACCUGCGGUCCCGCGCCUUCCUCCUCGACCUGGCGGCCCUGAUCCCGCUGGAUAUCCUGCAGAUUCGGCUGGGCAGUCAGCCGAUGCUGCGGUUUCCGAGGUUCUUCAAAGUCUAUCGGGCGGUCAAGUAUUACUACAUCGUGGAGAGUCGCACCGUGUGGCCUAACCUGUGGCGGGUGGUCAACCUGAUCCACAUCCUGCUGAUCCUGGCGCACUGGUUCGGGUGCUUCUACUUCCUGCUGUCCGAGGCCGAGGGCUUCCAGGGCGACUGGGUGUACCCGUACCGGCCCGGCGACUACGCCACCCUGACGCGCAAGUACCUCGGCAGCCUGUACUGGUCGACGCUCACCCUGACGACCAUCGGCGAUCUGCCGACCCCGGAGACGAACGCCGAACCGUCACAAUCGGCGGACGGCCCUAGAUCACUUCCGCGCCGUGGUCUCAAGUCCCGGCUGCUCCAGUUCAACUCGUCCCGCGGGUACGUGUUCACCAUCGUUAGCUACUUGAUCGGUGUGUUCAUCUUCGCCACCAUCGUCGGCCAGGUGGGCAACGUCAUCACGAACCGGAACGCGAACCGGCUCGAGUUCGAGCGGCUGCUGGACGGGGCGAAGACGUACAUGCGCCACCACAAGGUGCCGGGCGGGAUGAAGCGGCGGGUGCUCCGCUGGUACGACUACAGCUGGUCGCGGGGCCGGAUACAGGGCGGCGGCGACAUCAACACGGCGCUCGGGCUGCUGCCGGACAAGCUGAAAACCGAACUGGCCUUACAUGUCAAUUUGAGCGUGCUGAAGAAGGUGACAAUAUUCCAGGAGUGCCAGCCCGAGUUCCUGCACGACCUGGUGCUGAAGAUGAAGGCGUACAUCUUCACGCCCGGCGACUCGAUCUGCCGGAAGGGCGAGGUCGCCCGCGAGAUGUUCAUCAUCGCCGACGGCAUCCUGGAGGUGCUGAGCGAGACCGGCAAGGUGCUGACGACGAUGAAGGCGGGCGACUUUUUCGGCGAGAUCGGCAUCCUCAACCUGGACGGGCUGAACAAGCGAACGGCGGACGUGCGGUCGGUCGGCUACUCGGAGCUGUUCUCGCUGUCCCGCGAGGACGUGCUGACCGCGAUGAAGGACUACCCGGAAGCACAAGAGAUCCUGCAGACGCUCGGAAGGAAAAGACUGAUGGAGGUGCGGUGCGUCAACAAGAAGCACGCCAACCGGCACGCCGCGAAGGAACACGCCGCCGAACGGAGCUCAAAUACCCACAAUAACCAAGGUGAUAGUAGUGAUAAUAGUGCCUCAAAACGUAUCGUAGAUAAGCUAAGGUGUGAUGUGAAGGGACUGAAGAACGCCCUGCGCAAGUCCAGGACGGGUACGACCCGGAGGAGCAACGAAUCGAUCGAGAUGCAACCGCUCCAGCCGGCUGCCGGCGGGGCCGGUGGCGGCGGGACCGGCAGUGGCGGCAGCGGGGGCAGUGGCAGCAAAACGCCCAAAACCAUGCUGAAGCGCAUGCCGCGCGUCAAGUCCGACGACAUCCACACGGAGGACGAGGCCAGCAAGGAGGCCGCCUCCGACAAGGUGCCGAGCCCGAUCGGGGCCGGGCUUCCGCUGCUGCAGCGGCUGCGACUGCUGAAGGAGAAACAAGACCGCGAAGAGCGUGCCGCGAAAGCAACCGCACAAAUAAUCUCACCACCGCAUACUCACGUUACCUCUGCCAUAUCACCACAGGAAUCGAUACAGGAAGAACCGGAACCGGAAGUGAUCGGCGCCGGCUUGCCGCUGAUGCAAAGACUGAAGUUGCUCAAAGCGAAAGAGGAUCGGCUGGCGAAGGAAUGCCAAUCGAAGCUUCAGGUCACGUCGAAUCAGACGUCCAGCUCGCCGUCGAUCGUGCAGAGCCUGAGCCCGACGUCGCCGACGGUGAAAGCACCGCACAGUCCGAUACUGAACAUCUCGGGGGCGCUGGGACACCACGUGAAGCCGACCAUGCGCGUGUCGUUCCGCGACCGGCUACGGAGCCUGCACCACCAGGACUCGAAGCAGCACGGGGACGCGAAGGUCCCCGUUCCCGAACGGCCCGGGACGAUCCACGAGACCACCGACAUGAAGCAGCACCUGCUGCAGGGCGCCCCGUCACACGGCAAGGUUGGCCUGCAUCCGCACCUGCAUCCCCACCACCAUCAGCAUGGUAAAGGGUCCACGGGGCUGUCGUUGAAGGAGAAGAUCCGCUCGCUCGGGCAGCUGCAGCGCGACGACCAGCUGAAACCGUGGUCCAAGCUGAAGCUGGCGACGGUCGUCAGUCUCGGCGGGAGCUACACCAGCCUCCAGAAUGCGGCCUCCGAGGAGUCGCCGAUACUGAAGCAGUCGAAGCGGAGCCGCGCCCUCAAGACGUCGAUCCCGGCGGACCUGAAUCUGAACUCGCUCGUCUCGAUGGCCCCGCCACCGAUCUUGUCGGCCCCGCCAACGACCUGUGCCCCGCGCGCGGACACCCGUCCGGUGGUGCCGAAAAAGACUUCCUCCUUCCCGUUCGGCACCGGCGAGAAGGUGUCCGUGAGCGACAGUGAGGUGGCUGCGUCCGGCAGUGGCACGCAGCCAGCCCGGAGCGCCAACAGCUCGGGAAGGUCGGGAAGUUCGCCCGCCCGGGUACGCCUGAAACCGAAGCCGAUCCAGCUGGAGAGCGAACCGAAGGCGUACCUGUCGAUCGACGACCUGUCGCCCGAGUACUGCGGGCUGCCGUUCGUGAAGAAGCUGAAGAUCCUGAACGAGCGCCAGAAACUGGCCGAGCUGGAGUCGGCCAUCAGCAAGACGCGCAGCCUCAGCCUCGACUGCACCACCACCGACUCGAACACGAGCGGAGCGGCCAGCACGCACGAUCUGCUGGACCAGCUGACGCGCAGCCAGAGCGAAGGCUCCGGCAUGGCGCACGGGGCGGCCACGGGGCGCUCGAAGAGCGAAUCCCCGCCGACAGCCGCCGGCCCCCCGGUCCCACUGAGUCCCGAGUCGAACGAAACGCUCGAGCGGCGCCAGCUGAAGAGCAUUCUGAAGAAACUGUCCGAGGACAAGGCGGCGCUAGAACAGCGCCCGGGCCGGGACAUGAGGCGGCUGCUGCGGGCGCAGACGGUCGAAGGGUACGUUGCCAGACACAGCAAGUUCAGCAAGAGCGUCACCUUCCACAGAAACACCCUCUCUAGUCCCCCCAGCAGUGCGACCCUAUUGCCCUGUGACUCUAUUGAAGACCGUAGUCUUUUUCCCAUUCCUAGCGUACAAACGUCCACCAGCGGUGCCGUUGUGCCGCCGGUGCCGGCGGCGGCGGCGGCGGCGUCUUCGUCGUCGUCGCCACCGCCGCCACCACCCCCACCGCCCUCAGCGCUGCCGGCGGGCGAUGACAGCCUGACAGCGCCACCGGUGGCCACUGCCAUCGAGGCUGAGCACGAGCUCCGCUCGAGCUACUACGCGGUGCUCGAGGAACACCACCACGAGGUGCGGGAUCCGGUGGACGAGCGUCGGUUGCGGGGCGCAGGAGGGACGGGAGUCCCGCACCCCGGCACCCUGGCGGUCCUCGGUAACGGUGAGCCACUUCCGGCGGGCUUCCCGUACGCCGUUCACGGCGAUCCCGACGCCGACCACCUCGACCUCGAUCCGGACCCGACGUCCCGCACCACCCUUUCCGCGCUGGCCAACCAGCGGAAGCUCAUCAGAGGUUCCCUGGAGGAGCAGGAGUUCUUCGGCGAGGUCCUGCUCGGCAUCAAGCAGGUCAUCCAGACGCAUAUGAAGGAGAUACAGGUGAAGUUUCAGGACGAGUUCUUCAACCUGGAGCUGGAGGUGAAGAAGCGGGACGACAUCAUAUCAAAGCUGCAGAACCGCAUCCUGGAGCUGGAGGCCGAACAGCAGUACGUCGGCCUCCAGGUGCAGCUUCCGCCGGAGCACCCCAAGUCCGGUUCCUCCGGGUCCGGCAGCACCGGCUCCUCGAACGAGUUGCCGUUCAUGCGUGGUGACUCGCUGGACACGAUCUUCGCUUCGUCGCCCCACUCGGACUCGGACCCUCCCCGGCAGCCCAAGGUGCGCAGUCGGAAACCCCGGACGUCGCCCCGUCACCGGCAGCUCCGAAACCGUCCGACCUGGGACGAGUCGACCGAUCAGGACAGCUUUGACCGCAAGGACUCACCGCCACCAGCUCGCACUGCGCCCGGUAACGGUAGCGGUGGCGGUGGGUCCGUUCCGGUUCCACCGCCUCCCGUGCCACCGCCAGUACCACCGCGACGCAUGUCCACCACGGCGACGGCCACCUGCGUCACGCUGUCCACCACCGUGACGGAGCACGGGCGGGCGGGCCGAACCCCGUACCGGGACCUGGUCAUCUCGGAGCUCACGGGGAACAUCAUAUCCGACAGUGUGAUCGUCAACAUCGAGACCACGUCCAGCUCGCAGUCCGAGAACGAGCAUGAAGGAUCGCUGGAGGAACCCACGUCCCAGGACAUUGCCGAAGGGGAAGCCGGGGACGUCGAGCUGAGGCGCUUGAUGCGACGGAGUCGCUCCCGGAGUCGCGAAACGGACGAAGAUCGAGACGACGAGGACGCUGACGGUGACGACGACUACGACGACGGCGAAGAUGAAGAGGAACUGGAAGAGGAGGACAACGCCGAGGAGGAGCUGGUGGCGGAAGAGGAAGACCAGGAACAGGAGCAAGAGGAAGAAGAGGAGCAACUGGAGGAGGAAGACGAGGACGAGGACGAGGACGAGGAGCUGAACCACAACGAUUGGGAGGUGCGCAUGUUGGCGGCCGAGCUGAAGAAGCGCGAGAGCAUCAGCACGGACUUCCCGAGCGAACUCGAGGGUACCGGCGGUGGCGGCGACGGGAUGCUGCGCCGGCGGCACCGGAAGCGCAGCGACACCGACACGGACGGAAGCGACGCGCCGGGGACCGCGGACCGGGACGCCUUCGGUCGGCCACGGGCUUCCUCCCUCGACCAGCACAAUCUGCAGCGGCGCGGUAACGGCUCGACGACGACGACGACGACGGCGCCUCCGACCGGCAGCCGGGGCUCGUUCCGGUCCCGGGGUGGCAUCUUCAAGGCGCUCAGCUUCGACCGGGACAAAGAUCGGCUCUGA